UAGAGCAGGGUAGGUUCCAAGCAUCUUUGCUUGAUUGCUGCUGCGAUCGUGCAUGCUUGAUAUUUCUGGUAGCAUCAGUAUGCUAACAUAGGCAGGGCUUCUGUAACAUAUGACAUAAUCUCCUUCUAUAUACAGAGUCGGUGUCUAGAGAAAAAAGUUGAUUAUUCGAUUCAGCUCAUGUUGUCACCUGUAGUUCUGUUCCGCAUCGUUGGUUCAAUGUUGCGCUGUGCAUGUUGUUAAAAGAUGUUCCCAUGUUUUUAGUUGUGGUAUUCCUGGUAUUGCAUUGUCAACGUCGUGUUUGCUGUGCUUGUAUUUGUUGAUUUGUCGUCUAGUUUUGGCCCUUUGCUCGGAAGUGAAGAUGACCUGUUGAUGUAUCUAUCCGCCUUGUACUUGGUUCACCUGUUGAUGUAUCUGUAAGUCGUGUUUGGUUCUAGUUUGUACUUCGCUGUGAUAUGUAGAAGCUGAAGUUGACAGCAACGUCGGCUGUUAAAGCAUUCAUAUCCAGUUUCUUGUGAUAUAAGAGAAAUAUAACAGGUGAUGCUGUUGCAGGCUUUUAUCUUUGUUGUAGUUCUGUGAUCUGAAGCCCGCGCUUGGGUGCUGGCGGUUUUUUCUGUGUAGAGAUCCCAGGUAGUCGCAUUUGCCCUCCUUACUAGUUAAGCAAUUUUCUAUGAAUGUUUCAUUCUGUAUUGCACAUAUGUAUCCUUGUGGUAAUUGGGACCAAACAUGAUGCAUGUUGCAGCUGGUUACCACUGUCCAUUUGUUGCUGUAAGAAGAGUGGUCUUGGCCUUGGUACCAGAUGACGUGCUCUGGGCAUGCUUUAUUAUCUGUCCAUUUCAUCAUUUACAAGUUCAUCUUGAUAUCAGUUGGAUGGCGAUAUUUUGACUCGGCCAAAUUAUACCUAUCAUUAUCCGAUUGUCCUCUGGAGCCUGGCCGCCUGCCUGAAGUAUUAGUAAGUAUCCUCUUGCCGUCCGGACAAUGAGACAACUCAACGUUCGUUAAACCCAACCAGAAUCAGACACAGCAACGCCCCAAACCACAGCUUUUCUCCGGUUUUUACACGAGGCCUCGCCUUGGGUCCUUCACCCAAACACGCCCAAAUUUAAUCACCCUCGCGUUGCUGCUCACCCACGCGCUAUAUGCCAUCUCGCACGCAGCGGCAGCCGGCAGUGGUGGUCGUCGCGGUCGUGCCGGAGCGGAGGAGGACGUCCGGCGGUGGUGGGCGCGGACGGCAGCGCGCCAUAAUGCCCGUGAAGAGCAGCGCGAGCUUCCGGCUGACGGCGGUGCCGAUGGUGGCCACGGCGCAGCUGCUGGCCGCCGCCGUGCUCACCCUCACCCUGGUCUGGGUGCUGCACUUCCGGGGCGGCGUCUCAUGGGAGAGGACCUCCAGCCCGCUCUUCGUCUACACGGCACAUCCUCUGUUCAUGGUGAUUGGCCUUGUCAUCUGCACCGGCGAAGCGGUGAUGGCGUAUAGGAUCAUCUUGGGGCCGAGGGCGGCGAAGAAGGCGGUGCACCUAAUGCUGCACCUCGUCGCCCUCGCCUUCGCCGCUGUCGGCCUCUACGCCGCCUUCAAGUACCACCGCGACGCUGGCCUCCCGGACGUCCACUCCCUGCAUUCUUGGCUCGGGAUUGCCACCAUAGCGCUCUAUGCUCUCCAGUGGCUGGUGGCAUUUGUGUACUUUGUCUUCCCCGGGGCUGUAAUGACAAUGAGGGCGGACUACGCGCCAUGGCACAUCUUCUUCGGCAUCGUCAUCUUCCUCAUGGCCAUCUGCACGGCCGAGACCGGUCUGGCCAAGUUCGUCUUCCCCGGCGAUGACUAUCCGAGCGAAGCAUUUGUCGUCAACUUCACCGGGCUCGCCAUCCAAGUCUUUGGCGUGGUCGUCGUCCUGGCUGUCGUCCUUCCGUCAAGAUACUAGCAAAUGGUGGACGAUGAUUUGAUGCUUUUCUUUUAACCAUAUUGUCAUUGUUUGAUUUGCAUACAUUGUUGAUUUUGUUUCGAGUACAAGUCCGAUACCGAGUAAUGCCAUCCAACUCAAGCUCAAUCUCCUGACCACAUUAUUUCUUUUUUUUGGCCGGGAUAAAGUGCAAUGGCAAACGCACAUGCCAUACUUUUUUUUAGGAUAGAUUGAAGUAACAAGUGGUAGAUGACAUAUUUAAUCAAUUUAUUACUAUUUACGGGGAAAAUAAAUUAAUUCUGUACAACCUCGCAAACAAAACAUCCCUACGCUUUUGCCUUGCAUUGAUGCAAUCUAAACAAAAUUUCUUGAAUUAUUCCAUACAUGUACCCAAUAACAAAUCAUGUAGCCGUUCGGAUCUUGCUAACAC